AUGCGUGGUAUCCGGCCACGACAACAAACCCCUGCGACCUGUGCAACCUUCAACGUUUUGGAGACAUUUCGCUUCCUGCGCUCCAUCGCAAACAUCAAUGUCCAAGACUAUGUGCGCACGUUGGAGAAGUUGACGGAUUCAACCGGACUGGAAAAGGUCCCAGAUCGUCGCGUUGCUUUCGGUCACAGCUAUCUUAAAAUGAUGAAGCGUGGAGGUCGCGGGCAUGAAGCCAAUGGAAUUGUAACUACGCCGCCAGGGGCGUUGGCUGUGCGUUGCUGGGCAUGCCCAGAUGCUUCUCGUAACUUGCCUUCCGGAUGGGACAAGGUUCCGGAGUCGAAGGCAUACUUGUAUAAGCUCAUGUUGGCAUUCGAUGCCAAUUUCCGCCUGAAGAACAAGCUUCGUGCUGGAGAACGCAUGGAUCCGGCGUUGACCGAUGGCUUGGGAUACUUCGUACGAUCUGGACCAUAUAAAGAACAUAUCAAAACGCUCGUUGACGAAAAAGAUGUCAGUGCGCUCUAG